AUGGACCCGCAUGCUCGACAUUUCAGCCAAACUUCCCAGCUGGAGUCCGAAGCCCACGCUGCGCCGCGUACUCCACGUCGUAUCUAUAUCCUCGGCACCGGCAGCAUCGGCAAGCUAAUCGCCCACUCACUCAGCUCCCUGCCGGACCCUCCUCCUAUUACACUUCUGUUGCAUAAGCCCUCGCUCAUGCAAGAGUGGCGCGCUGCCGGCCAAUGCAUCCAGCUCACGACUGACGGCGUACCCGACACAGUGGGAGGCUUUGACGUUGAGCUUGCCAUGCCAAACCGUCGUGAGCACGGCAAGGAGAUCGAGUUCGAAGAUGAUCCUAAGCGCACAUUCAUCCCAAAAUUGGAGUCCUCGCCCAGAGUCACUCCUGAUGGAACCACUGCUUCCCGCGGUGUCGGGGCCGACUCGACAGACCCCAUCACUAAUUUGAUCGUCACCACCAAGGCCCCCUCAACUGUUUCCGCCAUCUCAGCUGUCAAGCAUCGCCUGUCAUCCUCGUCGACCAUCUGCUUCUUGCAAAACGGCAUGGGUGUCAUUGAUGAGGUCAACAGAGACCUGUUUCCCGACGAAUCCACUCGCCCCAACUACAUGCAAGGUAUCAUCAGCCACGGUGUGCAUUCAUCUUCUCCUUUCUCUGCUACCCACGCUGGUAUGGGCACAAUACAAGUGGGCAUACUGCCAAGAGGCCCUCUUGGCCCUCCUCGUGACGACCCCAACAAUGAGCAGGAGCGCAGUGUAUGGGCAUCGUCCUCGCGUUACCUGCUCCGCACGCUUAUCCGCAGUCCUGCCCUCUGCGCCGUUGGUCUGGCUCCCGCCGAUUUGCUCUCCGCACAGCUGGAGAAGCUGGCCGUCAACUGCUUGGUCAAUCCCAUGACGGCGCUACUGGAUGUCCGCAACGGGGUGCUACUCUACAAUUUCCACUUCACCCGCGUCAUGCGCCUCCUGCUCUCCGAGAUCAGCCUGGUCAUCCGUUCUCUGCCAGAGCUUCAGGGUAUGCCCAACUUGGACACCCGUUUUGCACCAUCGCGCUUGGAGACCCUGGCCGUGUCUGUCGCUAAUACUACCGCUGAGAACAUAAGCAGCAUGCUGGCCGAUACCCGCCGCGGAUUGCAGACCGAGGUCGACUACAUCAACGGGUACAUCGUCAGGCGAGGUGAAGAAGUGGGCGUUCGCUGCGUCAUGAACUAUAUGCUUGCGUGCCUGGUAAAUGGCAAGCAGAAUGUUGUGCAUCGGGAGAUCGACGAGGACAUCACCAUCCUUGGCAAGGAUGAUCCCAUCGGCUUUUCGAUUGGCGAAGGCAGCGGGAAGAGAAAGUAG